CAUUGCACGGCCUACUAUCAAUGAUAAAAUAAUCUGCAGUUUUCUAUAGCGCUGAAUUUUUGUGGAAUUUUUGGCCGAUAUUUAUAAUGAAUUUGUGCAAAUUUUUAUGUCCUACAACUAGCAGCUAUAUUGUGUCAAGAGCUUUUUCAGUGCAUAAAGGAGUUCAGAAAAAGUUGAGCCAACGACAUUUUAGUAGUGGUUUGACCAGAAUAGAUCUUCCACUCAAUGCAUAUUAUUUACAUUACACAAAUUUAAGAUUACCACAAAAUAAAAUAUUUGCUACUUAUGUUUGGAUCGAUGGUAGUGGCAUAAAUUUACGUUCCAAAGAUCGUAUAUUGGAUAAAGUUCCAUGUGAUUUAAGCAUGAUUCCAAAGUGGGCAUUCGAUGGCAGUUCUACUGGACAAGCUAAAACUGAUGAUUCUGAUACUAUUUUAAUACCGGUUGCAUUAUAUAAAGACCCAUUUCGACAGUGUCCACAUGUAAUUGUACUAUGCGAGACUUAUUACGGCGAUGGGACCCCAACAAAAUCUAAUUAUAGAGCUCACUGUGCGGACGUAUUAAGUAAAAUAUCAGACCAGAAACCUUGGUUUGGGAUUGAACAAGAGUAUACAAUGUUUGAUUUAGAUUUAUGGCCCUUAGGUUGGCCAAAAGUUCGAGGGUAUCCAGUCACAAAAGCAAAAUAUUCAUAUUGUGGCAUGGGUGAGCACGUUGCAGGCAGAGAGCUUGCUGAAUGUCAUGCCCGCGCGUGCCUCUAUGCUGGAUUGGACUUCGAAGGUACAAAUGCAGAAGUGAUGAAAGGGUCCUGGGAAUACCAAGUUGGGACCACCAUGGGAAUUAAAGCCGCAGAUGACUUGUGGGUAGGACGAUAUUUACUACACCGAAUAGCUGAGAACUUUGGAAUUAUUAUAAGCUAUCAUCCAAAACCUAUGGGAAAGGAUCAACCAGGGAUAGGGUGCCAUCACAACUUCAGUACAAAAAAAAUGCGUAGUGAUGGAGGAAUAUCAGAAAUUGAAAGAGUUUGUAAAGUUUUGUGUGAUCAACAUGAUAAGUUCAUGAAGAAUUAUGGACUGGGAGACGGUCAAGAAAACAGGAAAAGACUAACUGGUAAAUUUGAAACUGCAUCUUUUGAUACAUGUAAAUGGGGUGUAGCAGAUCGGAGUGCUUCAAUCAGACUACAAAGAAGUGUUAUGACUAAAAAGAAGGGCUUUCUGGAAGAUCGAAGACCAGCAGGUGAUUGCGACCCAUACAGGGUUUGUGCACUUUUGGCAGAAACUUGCCUGAAGUAAGAAAUGGAAUAAUAGCUUCCAAGCUAUUAAAAUUUAAUGACUAUCAAAACUUUUAUCUGUUAUAUUUAUUUCUAUUCUCUAUUUUUUUCUGGCUAACAGUAACUUAAAUCAUUAUAUUUUUAUAAAAAAAUUAUGCCUUGAAAUGAAACUACUUUUACGGA